GAUUUGAUAUUGACCAGUAGAAAUGGCCCGUUCAUUCAUGUCCUUACAGUCCUUUCUUAGAUUACACUGAACAAACAGCUCUUGGCGCUUAACUCAUCUCAGUUCACCUCUCUCUGCUGAUAAAGUUACACGUUGAUGUUUUAUGUCUUAUGUGGGUUUCUUUCUACCACUCAAUAUUAAUAACCGAUUUGUGUUGGUUAUGAAGAGCAAAACUUAACACGCCAAUCCCCCAUUUGGACUUUUUUUUUCAUUGUGAGGAGCAUAACUUAAAACGGAAAUCCCCCAUCUGCGCUCUUUUUUUUAUUCCUUUUCAAGUUUUGUUCACAACCCAGUAGGCGAUUCUGUGAUGUUGUUAUCUUUAAUGGGAGUUUCAACUUGGUUUUCUAUCUAGAUUCUUGAAAUUUGGUGGCCUUUAGGUUCUUCGGCGUUGUGGGAAUUGCUGUUGAGAAAGAUGUCAAUGAUAUGCCGCAAUCUUGAUUUUCGAAGAAGUGUGCUUGAUUUGGUGGCUUGUGGGUGUUCUUCUAAUGCCUCCAUUGAUAGGUAUUGGGCUAGAAGUUACGCAAAGAGUGUUUCUAGGAGAAGUAGUAGACACUUUGGUGCUAAUAGAUUGGUUUUUUGCAAGCAAAACCUCGCUCGGUGUCGGGUUUAUUCAACUAAAACGCCUGAAACUUUGCUUAAUGUGAGUCAAGGUCCUCCACCAGUUCUGGAUUUGAAGAAAGAGGCAAGAAGUCCAGUUUCGCUGGCAAAUAUCUUUCAAGUGGUUGCUGAUGACCUCAGGACUCUCAAUCAAAAUCUCCAAUCGAUUGUUGGUGCAGAAAACCCGGUUCUUAUGUCUGCAGCUCAGCAGAUCUUUGGUGCUGGUGGCAAGCGGAUGAGACCAGCUUUGGUGUUCCUAGUGUCAAGAGCAACGGCAGAAAUGGUUGGAUUGAAAGAACUUACAACAGAGCAUUGUCGCUUAGCUGAGAUCAUUGAGAUGAUCCACACUGCAAGUUUAAUUCAUGAUGAUGUAUUAGAUGAAAGUGACAUGAGAAGAGGUAAGAAAACUGUUCACCAGUUAUAUGGCACAAGAGUCGCUGUACUGGCUGGGGACUUCAUGUUUGCUCAGUCUUCGUGGUAUCUUGCAAAUCUUGAAAAUCUUGAAGUUAUUAAGCUUAUCAGUCAGGUUAUUAAAGAUUUUGCAAGUGGUGAAAUAAAGCAAGCGUCUAGCUUGUUUGACUGUGACGUCAAACUUGAAGAAUACCUACUCAAAAGCUACUAUAAAACAGCCUCCUUAAUUGCUGCUAGUACCAAGGGAGCUGCUGUUUUUAGUGGGGUUGAUAGUACUGUGACAAAUCAAAUGUACGAAUAUGGUAAAAAUCUUGGUCUGUCUUUCCAAGUAGUUGAUGACAUAUUGGAUUUCACUCAGUCAGCAGAGCAGCUGGGGAAGCCGGUUGGCUGUGAUCUGGCAAAAGGAAACCUGACUGCACCAGUAAUUUUUGCUUUAGAGAAAGAGCCAAAAUUAAGAGAGACUAUUGAAUCUGAAUUCUGUGAGACAGGUUCCCUUGAAGAAGCCAUUGAAUUGGUAAAGACUUGUGGAGGCAUUGAGAGAGCACAAGAAUUAGCAAAAGAAAAGGCUGAUCUUGCAAUCCAGAAUCUCCGAAGCCUUCCUCGAAGUGCUUUUCGAUCAGGCCUUGAGGAAAUGGUGUUGUUUAAUCUUCAACGAAUUGAUUAGUUAAAAGUAUUUUCAUAGUACAAGCUACUUCCUAGUGGAGCACCGUCAUCGACAAGGUUGCUCAGACAGAUCUCUACUAGUAUUUCAUGCACUCUUGCCGAACCUCAGGUGGUUAUACAAAGACAAGCUGCCCGCAACCAGUUGUAUAUCAUAAAAGGUAUUGAGCAAUAACCCCAGCUCAUAAUAUUGUUUGUUCAAGCACACAUUCUUUUCUUUGGAAAACAGAAAAAGCAAUUCACAGCCAUUGUUGUACACUAAAGUUUUCAAGAUCAUCAAUAAUGUCAUGUUAUUCUUCCUGAAA